AUGGGUUGUUCAUUGACAUCUAAGAAAAAAACUGACAAAUUUCAAUCUCUAUAGUUACCUUCUCAAAUAACUUCGAAACAAAUUGAGGGAGAUGAGGUUGAAAGAGAACUUUUUAAUCAAUUUUGUUUAGAAAAAUACAAAAUUUAAAAGAAUCCUAUAGUUUAAAGGAGAGCUCAUUCUGCUACACCAAGUUUAAUCAAUGUUUAGAAUAAAGUAGAUGCAUAGAAUUCAUUUGUAUAAAGAUAAUACUCUUGA